UUGAAGGGAGAAUGAUUCGAAGUUCGCAUCCGAGGUUGGAUUUCUGGUUAACUGUAGUAUUUACACUUGUGGGUUGGAUUGCACUGUUGUGGUUCUUGUUGCAGUUGGCUAUAGCUACUGCUUAUCGUCGCAGUUGGAAACAAGAGUGGCUUUCUAUGCUCACUGCAGCCAUAGGAUUGGGACAAGGUUUGAUAUUUGCUUUGAUAUACAAUGGACAAAGUUUAUGAGAAGAUAUAUACAUAUGCCCCUUUUUCU